AUGUGUCGCCUUAUCUUCUCUAUGCACGAGUGUGACUAUUGCGGACGACUCAAGGAAGUCCCUUCUCAUAACGACCCCGAGUUCCACGGUUUUUGUCCAGAGUGUGCUUCUCCAAACGAGGUGAAGUUGGAGUUUCGCCUCUGGAUCUGCCCUAGUUGUGAGGAAGAGAGAGUUACUGACGAGCCCAAAUAUCCCCCUAACGGCCAGUGCCCACAGCGUGCCUUUUCGUAUAUGUUCCCGAAUGAACCUCGACGCCAGAAGAGAGCUCAGCCUCAGAAUGAACGUCGUUUCCAGGAUGCUCCACGGUUCCAGGAUGAACCUCGUUUCCAGGAUACUCCGCGGUUCCAGCCGUUUCAGAACAAUUCAAGUGGCCAUCGCGCUGCUCAGCAGAAUCCUGAUCAGCAAGGUGAGCAACGCCCCAAGUACUUCCAGAUGGGCCAUCCUCCCCGUGGCCAGUACGAACCCCGCCGCCAGGGUCGUCGUGAGAGCCAUGACCACCAUCACCACCACCACCACUACUAG